UUUACAUAUGUAUUAGAGACAUCCAUUGUGUGUGUGUGUGUGUGUGUGUGUGUGUGUGUGUGUGUGUGUGUGUGUGUGUGUGUGUGUGUGUGUGUGUGUGUGUGUGUGUGUGUGUGUGUGUGUGUGUCAGACAUGCACAGUCUGGAGAAGCUGCUCAGAGAGGCGGUUUGUUCGGGGCAGCCUCGGACGCACAGGCCCUGGAAAAAGAUCCUCAUCAUGGUGGAGGGCAUCUAUAGCAUGGAGGGCUCAUUGGUGCGACUUCCUGAGAUCAUCGCUCUGAAGAAGAAGUAUAAAGCGUAUCUGUUCGUGGACGAGGCCCACAGUAUCGGGGCGGUGGGGCCAACAGGGAGGGGCGUGACCGAGCUGUUCAAUGUGAACCCAGCCGAUGUGGACGUGAUGAUGGGCACCUUCACCAAGAGCUUCGGGGCGGCUGGAGGCUACAUCGCAGGGAAGAAGGUUGCUAUGGAUUUUUAUCUUAUCUUUUUUAUUUGA